GCCCCGUUCAAUUGCCCGCAGAGAUGCCAUCUCUGCACCCGCAAACUUAUUCAUUUAUAUUAACACUUCGCGGGCUUGCUUCUCCGUUUGCUGCAUGGCCACCUACACACAACAUCUCCCUUCCCCAGCUCUCUCAGAGGUAUCUGCCCAUUCCGGCCAAGCGUUUCUGCCUGUCCAACCAUCCCCGCCUGCAUGUCACUAUGAGCGCCGACUGGGAGACACAGAGGCGUCGUACUUUCUUCCCUCACGCGAGAGCGGUGUCAACGACAUGUAUCUGCACCUGGGCUUCAGUGCACCCACUCGAUAUGUUCGCUGUUCGAGAGUGAGACUGGUCUGGGCCAUUCUUCGUGUGAGACAUCCCCUUCUCGCCUCAAAGGUGCAGAUGCACGACUAUGAAGAUAUUCGAUUUCUGUACACCUCCCCGGCGUCAGUCGAGGAAGCUGUCCAUGAUGCGGAUCGCAACCUAGAAUCUCGCAACUCAGUUAAAGAUGAAUUGAUUGAUUCCUAUUUGAACGGCCCUCGCACUUUGUCCACGGAUCGUCUGUCCUAUCUGAUUAUAUCUUCCGCUGAUGAGGGAUCCUCGCUUCCCAGUCCUCCGCCUACGCCCAUUCCAUCUACUACGGCGCCUCAUGGUACAAAAGCAAGUCUGAAUCAUGACAUUCUCAUCUGCGCAACCCAUUUCCUGGGUGACGGCAUGGCCCUACAUCAAUUCGCCAACGACUUGUUCAGUCUCCUGGGAAGCUCAAAGGACGAGAAAGAUCUCGAGGAGAUCCUCAGAAACGAGUGGGAGACCAGGUGCAACAAAGUUGAUGAUGAAUCCACUCUACCAUCGUCCCUGGAGGAUAGGCUUCCCACGGGCUCCACUGGACGGUUUUACCGUGCAGCCUGUCGGGUUGAUUUCCAACGGUGCCAGGAUAAAUUAAUCGGCGGGCAUACAUUUCCUCGCAGGUCUGGCCAGCUUCGGCGGACCAUUGUCCCAACCAUCUCCAUUGAUGCAGAAAGAACGAAGAAAAUGCUCAAGGCAUGCAAAGCACACGGGGUUUCAAUAUCUAGUGCAUACUUCGCUCUUUGUAAUAUUGCAUGGGCGAGGACCACGGAUUCCAAGUGGCAAGUUCCCUCGAUGAUGUACUCUGCUCUCAACCUCCGCCCUAAUCUCAUUGCCAACAAGGCGCUGAACGAUUCGUACUGGUAUCUCGCUAUCGGAUACUUCAAUGUCGUCCUACCUUCCUUCUUCCCAAAGACCGGCGACGUUUCUAGAACAUUCUGGCAUCGCGCUCGUUCAGCAAAGGAACAGAGCACCUUGGCUGCUAAAAGCCCCAUGCUCAUUUCUAGAAGCCGUGAGAUGGCUCGUGAGCGAGGUGCUCGGGCACGAGUCUGGGGAAAGGAAGACGAUGAGAAGACACGAGGCGUUUGGGUACCCCCACCCCCCAAACCAGCAGUCCAAGAACCUGCCCGCGCGCCAUCUGCGGUACUUAUUGGGUUGUCUUUACUUGGAAAUCUUGAUGGGAUCUACAGGCAUGCAAAUUUCGGGGACGUGAAGAUGCAUACGUUGACGACGGGGUCUCGUCAACGCGCUGGGGGGAUGCUCUUAUUUGGGUAUACAUUUGUUGGAAAGCUCUGGGUCAGCUUGGGGUACGACGAGAAUGGAUUUGAGAAGGAGACCGUGGACAAGUUUUGGAACAAUUUGCUACAGAGCACGGAUGAAUUCUUGGACGUGUGACGCUAUUAUUAUUAUUUGCAUAUUAUUCAUUAUCGGACUAGUGCUAGUCAAUUUGCAUAGGUUUCUUACGCAGUUGCAUUCAGCACGCACCUAUUUAUUUGUGAGAUCGAAAGCUGUACUUUGAAACGUCGCGUGCAUGCAGGUUAUGCACU